AUGAAGCUGAAGCUGAAGCUGGCAAUGCAGCUGCAACUGCAACUGCUGUCCGCCCUCGCACCGCUGGCCACGGACGCAGUGCUCCAGCUGAACGGCAGCUUUGCGGGACAGGAGCUCCAUGGCGGCUCCAGCGGCAGCGGCAGCGGCAGCGGACUUUCGGCUGAAGAAGUUAGCAUCAGUGGCGCCGACGCUGGUGAUCUGCUGUACAACUACAACUACAGCUACACCGGCACUGGGCUGGAGCUCGCACUCGCCGCGGACCUUGGCCUCGCCGCACCGACGGCGGCGACGGCGCCAGCGCUGCUGCCAGCAGCGGCCAGCAAUCACAGCCAGCGGUCGGGCGUGGCGCGUGUGAGCGCGGAUGUGCCCAUCUGGGUGAUACCCUGCUACUCGAUCAUUCUGCUGUGUGCCGUUGUGGGCAAUCUGCUGGUGGUGCUCACACUCGUGCAGAAUCGUCGCAUGCGCACCAUUACGAAUGUUUUCCUAUUAAAUCUCGCCAUCUCGGACAUCCUGCUGGGCGUCUUCUGCAUGCCCGUCACACUCGUGGGCACCCUGCUGCGGCACUUCAUCUUCGGCGAGUUCCUCUGCAAGCUCAUUCAGUUUGCGCAGGCCGCCUCUGUGGCCGUCUCCUCGUGGACUUUGGUGGCCAUUUCCUGUGAGCGCUACUACGCCAUCUGCCAUCCGUUGAGGUCGCGCACUUGGCAGACGAUCAACCAUGCCAACAAGAUUAUUGCCAUCAUUUGGCUGGGCAGCCUGCUCUGCAUGACACCCAUAGCGCUCUUCAGUCAACUGAUGCCGACCAGCCGCCCAGGGCUGCGCAAGUGCCGCGAGCAGUGGCCCGCCGACAGCUUGAACUACGAGCGCGCCUACAAUCUCUUCCUGGAUCUGGCUCUGCUCGUGCUGCCGCUGCUGGCGCUGAGCUUCACCUAUCUCUUCAUCACUCGCACUCUCUACGUGAGCAUGCGGAACGAGCGGGCCAUGAAUUUUGGCAGCAGCGGCCCAGAAGUGCCACCAGGUCCCCGCUGCCAAACAGCAGCCAGCGGCGCUCCAAUGGCAGCCACAGCCAUUCCCUGGAAACGGGAAUGCAGCAGCAGCAGCAGCAGCAGCAGUUCGGCACUCCACAGUACUACUACGAUUAAAGCCGGCUCCUGCCUGGGAUUUGUCCCACUGCCUCCGCCUCCGCCUCCGCCCCCGCUCACGCACUCUGCACAAAUAAGCAUAAUCCGAUGA